AUGCAAAUAGGCCACUCCAUGAUCAUCUACUGGUACACUGAAGAAGGGGCUCUCCCGACUCAGGUUCCUCAUGGAAGCAUUACCUCGGAGGCGUUGUAUACCCGUUUACCACCAUCGGUACGUGAUGAAGCUCGACGUUUGUUAGCUACACAUCAACCAUCUGAAGUUGCGGAGAUGUUGUCAAGCAAAAUGAAUUAUUCUGUCCCUCCAAGAGCGGCUGCGCAAUCUGGCGAAAGUAGCUUGGUGGAUGGUGGAGCGAUAGAUGUAUCACACACAGAAGAGGUAGCACAAGGAGUCUCACCCAGAAAGAGUAUGCGACAGUUUCCCCCAGUACCAGGAGGUCAUCAAUUACGUGAGGAUGCCGUAUGGAAGUGUGCAAAAGAAGCGUUUGAUGCGAGUGAUAACGAUGCAGUUUUUGAUGCCAUCUGGAGGAUGCUUUUGGAUAAAAAUGAAGCUCGUUUGCUGCAGAAUAUCAAAUCGGACUUUGGCAUCGAAAUCAUUGCUGAUCACCACCCCAUCAUGGUCGAGGGAGAACCCAUGGAAGCCAUGGUCGUGACCGAAGAAGGCCUAGUUCCUGCAGAAAUCGUUGAUGAACGUUUGAUCCCUGAGGGCGCAACCAUAGAGAAUGUGGAAAUCGUCGAGGAGAAUGUUGUAAUCGAAGAGGAACAACAACAGGAAGGAGAAUCGUCAGAGACGGUGGAAGAACAUGUGGUAGAAGAGCAAGUAGUCGAUGAAAAUAUGGUGGAGGAACAUGUCGUGGAGGAACACACGGAAACGCAUGAGGAACAGCAAGAAGAAGAUGACCAUCCUACGGGUAAUAUUGUUGCGGUUUGCAGG